AUGGAGAGUACCAUACCAAACUCCUCCUCGUCACCGAAAGGUCGAGGAGUAAACUUCUCGUCCCCGAGAAACUUUGUUGUUAAGUUUAAAUCGAAAUGUAAAGAAACCUUCUUUCCCGAUGAUCCAUUCAAACCGAUAUCGCAGGAGCCAAACGGUAUGAUGAAAACAAAAAAGACAUUGGAGUAUUUUGUUCCAGUCUUUGAGUGGCUCCCAAAGUACAAUCUGCAAAAGCUAAGGUACGAUGUGCUUGCCGGAAUCACAAUCACCAGCCUUGCCGUUCCACAGGGUAUUAGCUAUGCAAAUCUCGCCAGUAUCCCUCCCAUUAUAGGCCUAUAUUCAAGUUUUGUGCCGCCAUUUGUGUACGCCGUGUUAGGAAGUUCGAACACUUUGGCGGUGGGAACAGUCGCAGCAUGCUCUUUGCUGAUAUCUGAGACAUUCGGUGAGGAAAUGUUGAAAAAGGAUCCUACCCUCUACCUUCAUUUGAUCUUCACAGCCACUUUCAUCACCGGUGUGUUCCAAUUUGCUUUGGGCUUCCUCAGUGGAGGUGGCAAAAAAAAGAUAAAACCAAAGCUAUUUUGGGUAUCGGCAAUGGGUCCAAUGGUGGUCGUCCUUGUGGGUUGUCUAGUUGCUUAUUUGGUAACAGGAACAGAACACGGAAUCCAAACAGUUGGGCCUUUAAAGAAAGGACUAAACCCUCCUUCUAUUCAAUAUUUGAACUUCGACUCCAAGUAUCUACCUUUGGUUUUAAAGGCCGGAAUUGUCACUGGACUCAUCGCUAUGGCUGAAGGGAUAGCGAUCGGAAGGAGCUUUGCUGUAAUGAAGAACGAACAAACGGACGGGAACAAAGAGAUGAUAGCAUUUGGUCUUAUGAACAUAAUUGGCUCCUUUACAUCUUGCUAUUUGACAACGGGACCAUUUUCAAAGACAGCAGUGAACUACAACGCGGGGACAAAGACACCGAUGUCGAAUGUAGUGAUGGGCAUUUGCAUGAUGCUUGUGCUUCUCUUCCUUGCGCCUUUAUUCAGCUACACACCACUGGUUGGUCUCUCAGCCAUCAUUAUGUCAGCCAUGUUGGGACUCAUCGACUACGAGGAGAUGUACCAUCUCUUUAAGGUUGACAAGUUUGAUUUCGUCGUCUGCAUGUCCGCUUUCUUCGGUGUUUCCUUCCUCAGCAUGGACUACGGUCUCAUCAUUUCCGUUGGGUUUUCCGUCUUGAGAGCUUUGUUGUACGUUGCAAGGCCCUCGACUUGUAAACUGGGAAGAAUACCAAACUCGGUUAUGUUUCGAGACAUCGAACAGUACCCUGCCGCCGAGGAGAUGCUUGGUUAUGUCAUUCUUCAGAUGGGUUCUCCUCUCUUUUUCGCGAACAGCACUUACGUCCGCGAAAGGAUUUUGAGAUGGAUUCGUGAUGAACCUGAAGCCGUCGAAUUUCUUCUCCUUGAUCUCUCUGGAGUUUCAAGCGUUGACAUGACCGGGAUGGAAACACUAUUGGAAGUCCGGAGAAUCCUUGUAGCAAAAGGCAUCAAGAUGGUGAUAGUAAAUCCAAGAUUUGAAGUGCUGGAAAAGAUGAUGUUAUCGCAUUUUGUAGAGAAGGUAGGAAAGGAGUAUGUGUUCUUAUCCAUUGACGAUGCAGUCCAAGCAUGCAGAUUUAAUCUUUCCACCACCAAACCCGAGCCAUGCCACCGUUUAGGGAAGACAAAAGAUCCGAGUCCCGGAGUCACGGUACCGACUCGGGCUCACGCGGAGCUCACGAGUCAUGGGUUUCCGAUUGGGCUGCUCCCUCUAUCUGUCAAGGAUUACUACAUCAACCAAACCUCCGGCGACUUCUCCCUUUUCCUCCACGGGACAUGCAAAAUCAUGCUCCCUCCCGACAACUACCUCGCCACGUACUCGAACAAGGUAACGGGUCGGAUUACCCAGGGCCAGAUCGCGGGGCUCCGAGGGAUUCGGGUCCGGGCGUUUUUCCAGUGGUGGUCCAUCACCGGGAUUCGAUCCUCCGGGGAUAAUCUCGUGUUUGAGGUCGGUGGCAUAACCGCCAAAUACGCUUCGAAGAAUUUCGACGAGAGCCUUGAUUGCGAAGGAAAACGAUCUUCUUCCUGA